AUGGCCCCAAUCCCUAUAACCAUCGUAACAGGCUUCCUCGGCUCCGGAAAAACGACCCUACUCCUAAACCUCCUUCCUCAACUCCCAAAAGACUACAAACUCGCGCUCCUGAAAAACGAAUUCGGCGACGUAGCAGUCGACUCACAAUUAGCCGCGACACAAUCAAUCUCCGGUGUGCGCGAGCUCUUAAACGGCUGCAUAUGCUGUAACCUUGUGGGACAACUCAGCGAUGCUCUCGAACAACUUCGUCGCGAAGUAUGUCCCGACCGUAUCGUGAUCGAGACUAGUGGGAGUGCAUUCCCUGCUACGUUAGCGAUGGAAGUGAAUCGACUUGCGCGCGAAGAGGAAGGGAGUUUUGUUUUGGAUGGAGUUAUUAGCGUCAUUGAUGUGGAGAAUUGGGAAGGUUAUGAAGAUACGAGUUACACUGCGAAGAUUCAGGCGCGGUAUACGGAUUUGAUCAUUUUCAAUAAGUGGGAGUGUGUGCCGGAAAUGCGAUUCGAUAUUUGUUUGGAUCGUUUGGGCGAUUUGGAGGUUCAGACGCCUUGGGUCAAGUCGGAUAAAGGACGCGUUGGGAAGGAGGUCUUGCUUGGUAUUGAUGGGGCGUUAUUCGCGAAGGAAGGUGUGCAGACAAAUGGUCAUGACCAUGAUCAUGAAAAUGAUUCGGAGCAUAAACAUGACCAUCAAUCUGAGGUUGAGGUCUUGUCGGUUGUGUUGCGGUCUACUGCUCCAAAUAAGGCAAUUGAUGUGGCAGCACUGGAGACGUUGCUUUCGUCGGCGCAGAGAGAAGAGGUCUACCGUAUCAAGGGAAUUGUGAGAUGUUCGUCACAGACACCCUUGGGUGAAACUUCAGAGGACCUGGAUUCAUCUAGACAGAAGAGUGACGAUUCAGGAUCCCGAUACUAUAUUCUCAAUUGGGCAUUUGGCCGGUGGACAAGCACACCAUCCACGGCUGUGGCAGAGACUGCCAAUGAGAAUGACAUCGCCCGCUUGACAUUUAUUCUGGCUAGAUAUGAGUCUGCCAAGUGGAAGAAGAAGCUUGAUGCAGGUGGUUUGGUGCAGGCUGCCGAGGCCAGCGAGGGUGAACUGAACGUGGAGAAAUUGGCUUAA